UGGGGGUGGGUGGCUCUGUAUUUGCAUGCCUCAUGAAUAUGCAUCGCAGUGGGCGGGGCGAGCCUGGCCUUGAUUCGAACGUCAUGAAUAUGCACAGUGCGAAGAUCUGCUGCGCCUACGUCGGGCCGUAGAUCGCCGAGCUUGGUAAGGGAGCCUACGCAGAAGCCCCCGCCAGCGGGGAGGGCUGUGCAUUUUCGCCCACAUCCCGAGGUGGGGCUGGCAGGAGAUCCUCCUGGGGGUCGCUGGUGGGGGGGGGGAGAUGCGUGCGGGGGGAGGCGUGCGAAGGGAACGGACCGCGAGGAUAAGGAGGUGGCGUCGGAGGGCCCUGGGGAAAAGAGCUUAGGGGGAGGAGGGCCAGGUGCCCCCCCUCGCCCCCCAAAUCGGUAGAUCGGGGGAGCUGUGGAUCCGCGUGCGGGUGGGUCGUCUUCGGCUCAGCCCCUUGCCCGGGAUUGAGUCGAGGCGAGUCAUGGUGGCCGGGGCAGCAAUUGUUCUUUGUAGCCCCUUCGCUGCUGCAGGGAUUGUGGAAGGCCUGGCCUGGAGACCCGACUGCAGGAUGGUCUAAGGAGCGGGGAUGGCGGAUUGGUCGUAGAGGGAAGGCCAAUUAGGACCAUAUGGUAUGCCCAUAUGCUCUUAAAGGUAGCUUGUAUGCCUUCUCUGCUGUAAGCGGGGCUGUCAUUUACACUGGCCAGGGGUAACUGUCCUCGGGCCGUCUCCCUGCUUCCUCGCUUCUGCUAACUGGCACCCCUGCUCGCCUUCUUUGUAUGCUUUCUGCUUAAUGCGUCCUGAAGCUGCUCUCCACCCCCUUUUGGCUGGAGUUUCCCGCAGUUCUGCCUCUUACCACUCCCUCCCUUUCUUGGCUGUGAUUCCAAGAACACCCAACUUAGAAAUACUUAGCUCCCUUUAAAUCUUGCUGAAAACCAGUUACUGCACACAGGCUUUAUGAACCUGAAGCACACCCUGUGACCUCUCCUUGUACCCAUUUCUGCACCAACACAAAACACUGCCUCAUGCUUGCUGAAUUCCCAUCUUCUUUCAUGAUAUUUCCUUGUUGCUUGUGAGAAUUCUUCCCCUUAAUAGAAUUAUGAGUUUCUUUGACCAUUAACUACUAAUCUAGUGGCCCCCUUUCCAAUUGCUGUGAUAACCUCUUUCCUAUCUGCCCUGGUUUCUAUUUAGGAUUCUUUCUUUGAUCUUCUCUGUUUGGAAAUAGGAAGCAAUACAUUUUUAGAAUAAAUUCAUAAUCUGUGCCUUGUAAUAAGCCAGUUUUGUUUGUUUCCUAUCCAUUAUUUUUAAUUAACAUGGUAUGUGUGCAUUCUAUGGACAUGCUGAGAUUAAUGUCCCCUUCAUAUGUGGACUGUGCAGACAUAAAGUGGCAGACAAUGAUUGCUGCAAGGGUCUUACAGGCAGAAAAGGCAGGGUGGCAUGGGAAACAAUAGCCCAAAGAUGGGAAGGGAUUUGUCUGGAUGCAUUUAGUAGAUCACUAUGGCAGCUGGGAUCCCUUGAAUUACACUAGUAAGCGUGUGCUGUCUUUUUACUUUACUUAUUCAUUCCUUUGACUGCAAACUAUCAGAAUGCAAGUGCUGAUGAAAAGCUGUGCAAGUAGUAGUCUGAUUCAGUGCUAAUUGCAUAAUAGGUAGUCCCUGCACAAUGAAGCACCUUCAGAAGAGAGCGCGGGUGGGGAAAGUUGCACCCAUAUUACUCUCCACCCCCACUAGAGCACCUACCAUUGCUUCUUAGAUACCUUUACUUGCUCAGCUUAUUUCCCAUAAGAGCUCCCUUGACACCAUUGUUUCUGAUGUUCUAUAGCGGAAGAAAGCAGUUUAACUGAUUUUUGUUGUUGUUGCCAAGUUUCACCUUCUUGUAAAUGCAAUUCAAAGGCUUCACCAUCUUCACCUCCGCAGUCCUAUUGCAUAAGUGCUGGGAAUCUGGUUAUCCAUAUGAGGAAAUAGUGCUACUUCAACUGAAACAUGAAAUAUUUGUGCUUACAGUUGAAGUUGUUGAAGCUUUAAAAAAUGACUACAAACCAGCAUUUUAAGAAAGUAUGAUCCUGGCAUGGGCUGGGAAUGGGAAUGCAGCCAUUUGGGAGACUUGCUGUCUGGAUUCUAAAGAACAAAUGAGUAAGCAACUUGUAUUUAUACUGGGUAGAGGGGCUAAUGUAGAGAAGAAUCUUAUUGAGGUCCCAGAUCUAAAUCCACCUGUGGCAUUAGAGACUCUUUUGUUCAUGAUGCACAGUUCUAGAGGAACAAAGUUAUAGCCCAACUUGAUUUUGAAUUCAUAGUAUGUUGGGAGAGUAGUCAUUGAUGCGUAGUCCAGCCAUGCAGUGUUAGAAACUGAGAUAUGAAAGUUAGGAGCUAAAUGGCACCUUAAACCUAGGUUAUGGGUGCAACAACGGAAUGUCUAGGCACGCUUUUUUAUAACAAGAAUACAAAGCUGAAAAUGAAUGAACUGCAGCUAAAAUAUUAUGUUCAUUUUUCACAUGGUCUAGUCCUUCCUCUGCCCACCCCCCUAAUAUUCUUAAGAGGGUCUCUUAUCCAGUCUUCAGAGAGUAGCUGGAAGUGGGGAGGCAGAAAAAGGUCCUCCUUUCCUUCCACUCUGCAGUUUUAAUGUGAAAUCUUAGGCACAGUACUGUGCCCAGAACUCAGAAACCGCUCGCCCUAAUGAAAUUCCCUGUUGCAAAAGGCGCCUAGAACAAUGGGAGUUUUGAACAUUGCAGCCAUGGUGUGAGUUGUAUAGUUUCCUCUUCUUCAUAUACCUUCUGCUGGAAAAGUUUUGUAUAAUGUUUUGGAGGUAUAAAUGCUUCACAAGAAGAGCCUCUGUAGAUAUCAAGCCAUCCCCUUUAGGUAUUUUCUCAGUUCUACUUUCUUGGCUCAGCUUUUGUAUUUUCUUCUUUUUACCUGCACCUAUUGAGGCCUUCGAUUCUAAGAUCUUUUUCUCCCACAUUGUAUCUGCUGUUUGUUCAUCCCCUGGUUUUACCUUAACCAAAUCCCUAUUAUAGUCUUUCUGAGUGGUUUCCUUCCAGUUGAAAAUCUCUGGGUUCCAGCAGGAGUGGAUUCUGUUGCAAGCCUGCUUGUACGCAUUUAGAAGUCUGUGCCUUCUUCAUCCUAUGUCAUAGAGCUGUGGAGGUGCAACUAUAUACAUGACAAAAACAACUAUUUUGCUUUAGAUAUUCGUUUCUAUUCUUUGCACUCUGAACUUGCCUGUCUUCUCUGCCUUCUAUUGCCUCACUCCUGAUUUUUAAGAAUUGCCUUUCUGCAUACCUCUAUUUCAUCAUGGUAGCCCAAAGCUCAGCUGUAAUAUUAUGUGCUUCCUUCUUCCUAAGCGGUUUCUAAUUCUGAUCUCUCUGUUCCUUUCUUGAAACAAUUAUGGAUUGUCUUUAAUAAUGCAUCACUAUUAAAGUUAAAGUCUGGUUGGCAUCCGUCUGUCUCAGGAAACAAUGGAGGAGUGUAUCUCUGGGGGUGAGAUCAAGUUGUUGGAAGGUUGCAUUGCCUGCUGUGGCUGUGGAGACCCAUGUGGAAGAGAUAUGUUUUGUUGCAGCUGGGGCAGAAAGUACCAUUUGGGUAUAUAUGCCCCUUUCUGUUAGUGGUAGUAGUAGCAGUAGUAGUAGUGGUAAUAAUAAUAAUAAUAAAAAUAAUAAUAAAAUUAUUAUUUAUACCCCACCCAUCUGGCUGAGUAGAAAGUCCAGGCACUGAAACUAGAUUUUGCAACUAUCUGGAAAGAUCAUAAAUGGAAUGCCACUUUAUCUUACGGGUCUUGCAAGUUAAUUUUUUUUAAUCAAGUGUGAAAGAAUUCUCUCCUCAGGAGUCUCUCAUAACAUGAGAUACACUCUUCGGAAAAUAGAAAUUGUACUGUGAUAAUUUCCAUUUCAAGACUGAGGCUGCAAUCUUAUACCUGUUUACCUGAGAGUGAGCCCCAUUCAACUCUAGGAGUUGCUUCUGAGUAGACAUGUAUAUAGGAUGGGUUGUCAGUCAGUGUCUAAAUAUAAAACAGUUUUUUCAUUAUAUUCCUCCCCCCCCCACUUUAGAAGCCAAAAGUAACCACCCUCGCUUAUCUUUCUUUUUGUUUUUUGUUUACUAGCUUAUUGUGUGUAUGCAUAUGUGUUUUACCAAGGCACUUCCUCUUUGAAGGCUGCUUUACUCUUGAUGAUUUUCCUGCAUUGACAUUGUUGUUUUUUUAGUACAGGAAUAAGCAUAUGCCAUCUAAUCUGACAAAUGUUUCUUUAUAUGUACCCAUGGCAAAAUGGCCAUGCAUUCAUUUUCCCACAUAGAAAUGUUUGCGUAGAUAACAAAACAACAUGUUGGGCAGUUUUAAUUGCUUGAUUAAAUAUAGUUUGUGUACUUCCUUGUAUUUUGUAGAAAGGACUUGUCAGUUUCAGGAGCCUCUUUGCCUGACAGGUUAAAAACCAUAGUUCAUCUAUGAAGAAAAGUAAGAGAGCUGAGGAAAUAGGAUUGGACUGUUUCUCUGCCUUUUUUAAAUUCUACCUUUAUUUAGUUUUACUAGCUCUGAAUUUGGAGAGAGUCUCAUCUUGUCUUGCAUAUUUUGUUGUGUGUCAGGUAUUCACUGCCUUAAUAGAUUUUGGAUGUGGUUCAGGGUACCUUAAUGUGUUGCUGGUUUUCAAUGUCCACUCAGGUUUCAUCGGCUCUCCUUCAGCUAUCUUCUCCACUAAAUGAAACUUUCCCCCUUGCAGGGGAUUCUGUAUUCAGAAGCCAUAGUUCACUCAGGAAGUUCUUGCUGAGUAGGAUAAACAGAAUGGUACCUCAGACACAGGGGUGUGCACAGCUGCAAUAAAGAUUUAAGUUAAGGCAAAUGAAUAUGAGGGGAGAGAGGUUAGAUGAACAAGUAGCUUAGGCAAAAAUAAGGUCUGGGGCUUUGCAGACGUUGGGCUUAGGUGCUACCAGGCUAGAAGUAGGGGAUGGGACUAAGGCGCUGUAUCCUUGUAGAAAUGAGACAAGGCCUUUUUGUGGCAGCAGCCUGUAUGUAGAGAGACUAGUCCCAUUCUGACGACAUUUCGACAGGCAGGGGAAACAUUCUUAUUCUGCAUGGCUUUUAAUGGUCUUCAGUAAAUGAUUGAAGCUUUUAGCUCUGUUCCUUUUAAGUUUUCGGGUUUUGUUUGGCAUGUUCUUUUAUGUAAACUGCCCCGGCGGCCCUUGUUAGGGCUGAAAAAUGAUGUUAAAAACAUCUUUUAUAAAUCAAGAUUAAACUAGUCAAAGGAGGGGCCUAAGCAGAAAGAGCAGAGGCGGCUGAACUGCCUUCCCUCAUCUGAGGCACUGUGCCUUUAAAUCACCCUUGCUUUGGAAGGAGAGGCUUGAUGGUCCUAUUUUGGCAUAAUGUAUAGAUGGAGGCUGAGGAGGAGGCUGUUUACAAUCUUGUGGCUAUGCCUUAAAUUCAGCUAUCUGCCUGUUGUUCCAGCUCUUUCUGUCAUACUGAGGGAGGGGGGAGUUAUUGGUAGGCCCCCUCCUCCUCCUGCCUCAUUAUGGGGAUCAGUUUCUGUUAGAACAAUCUCUUGAGGCACACACUCCUUGUAACCAAGAUGCUGGCUUUGCUUUUCUUUUUUAGCCGGGGUUUGGCCCUCUCCUGAAAUCUAGCGGGAGGCCGUUGCCGUAGUGACAGGAGCAGGCCCCAGCUUUACCUCAUUGAAUUCCAGGGGCUGUGCCAAACGAUUGAGAAAUCUGGAGAGGGGGGUGGGAGGGGGAAGUACUCCAGAUGUUUGCUCCCUGCUCAGUAUAUCCGGGUUGGGAGUGUAUACAGCUGGGAUUGGGUUGAGCAGAAACCCGGCUUUGCUGCGAAGGGGUGGGAGCAGAAAGGGACUUGGGAAGAGAAAGGGAGAUUCUGACUGGAAAAGCAGCCAAAUGUUCUGGCAAAGUGACUGGACCUGGCAAGAGAAAGGCAGGGAAGGAGUGAUAGCGAGUUGGCUGGGAAGGACAGGGCGUGGCAGAAAGGUGGAGCAGGGGUGGCCCUGUGGAGAGUGGAGCAAGUCAGCUAGAAAGCCAAAGUUUUAUAAGUUUGAGAUUCCCAUCCUUUAGCGUGACUCAUGGCCUGGAUAUUUGUGGGAGACUUGCUUCCUUCACCCUUGUUCCAGCCUGCCCUGGGAGUGGCAUAACAUGAUACAUUCUCUCUUUCUGUGUGUGUGUGUGUGUGUGUGUGUGUGUGUGUGUGUGAGAGAGAGAGAGAGAGAGAGAGAGAGAAAUUCCUCUCUCAAAGGAACAAAGGAGGAUAUUGGAAAACUUGCAUUCUGGGAGGAAGCAUCUAUGGUCUGAUGUUGCAUUGAAGGUCUUUGCUAUCUUUACAAGUUUUGCAGAUUGCCUAAACUCCUUUUUCUGUAUCCUAGGGGCUGACAUUUAUGCUGAGUUCAGAGUCCCAGCCCGGUGAUGUGAUGGACUCUAAUCCUCAGUCGCUGUGCUCCCCAUUUCCCUGUACUGCUGCUAAUGGCCGGAGAGGACCCAAACAACUAGCAAGCAGUCCGGAGAUAGGUAUGCCUUGCAUUGUGAGCCUUCAGCUCAGCAGAACUGAGUUGAUUGUUUGAGAGAGCUAAAUAUGGGAGAUGGUGUGCCAAGUUGCUAGGUAUUAAAAAUUUUCUGUUUAUGUUGGGUGGUGGUGCACCAGAGAAUGGAGAACGGAGUUAAAUAGCAAGCAGAAGAAUCACUUAAUGCAGCUCUUGAGGGAUUGUAGCUCUUCAUUCUGAAAGUAGGGGACGACAUAUUUGAAUGUGUGAAAAACAAAACAUGGAAGCUAUUGUGUGUAGGAGAAGGCUAACCUAGAACCUUUUUUCCUGACAUGCUUGUUUUCUGUGUGCAUGGGGGAUUCCUCUUUGCCCCAGGAGGCAGCCCUGCACCUAUAAUUGAAGUGGUGUCAUCCCUAAAAGUUGCACCACACGGUUCUUCUAAUCACAUAAAGGCUCUGAUCCCAUUGCCUGACCUGAGAACAACAGGUGGUAUGCAACUAAGAGCAGGGCUAUUGAAAGUAAUAGAGUUAACUUAGUAAUGUUAUUACUUUCAGUGGGUCUACUCUGAAUACUACCAUUUGCAAUUUAAAUGCAUUCUAAAAGCAUUUUCAUGGCUUCUGCUGGUAAUCUUUAUUACCACUAUUUCUGGUUUAAUGGACUAGAAGAUCCUCUAGCCUGACCUUUGUCCAAAGCUGCAUGCAGUUUUAGUAGCUUCUCUGUUUCCUGCAAAAUAGUUUGGAAAUUUAGCAAGGAUUAUUAGUAGAGCUCAUUUUAUUUUUAUUUUUUGUGUACUUAGGCAAUGGAUUAUCAUUUUGAUCCAUAUAAUUUAGUUGCCCUGUGUUCUGGUUGAGCUCUGUAUAAAAUGCAUCUUUCCCGACAUCCUUUUUUCCUCAGGGGAUGCCCGUCCAAAGCCACCCGUGAAACCCAAGCCCUGUGUGUUGCCAAAGCCAGCCAUGCCAGUGAAGCCUGUUCCUGGACAGCGUCAGGCUCUCUCUGAGGUGCCCUCUGCUGAAAAGAUCAACUUGUUGGCUGGGCCCAAGCCAUAUAGUGGUGGGGCUGGCAAUGCUGUUAAGCGUCUUUCUUUUGGUCUAAAGACCUCUCCAAGAGAAGCUACCAAUGGGAAGGAGGUUUUGUAUCCAUUUUCCACCACAGCCAAACCAGCUGGAGAUGGAGAAGGAACUGGGCCUUCAAAUAAAUCAAGUGCUGUGGAGGGAGCAUCCGGAGAGGAGUGUGGAGAGUCCCCCAGUGUUCGCAAGGGUGCUGCUCCCUUCAAAGUAAUACCGGUGCCAGUAGCAGCCAAACCAGAGCGUUUUCCUGGGACCACAGUGGAGGAGAUUUUGGCCAAGAUGGAGAAGCCCAACAAAGAAGGGGCAAGCAGCCCUGACAGGCCUCGGCUGGUACGCUCCUUCUUCAGCCAGGAUGGUAGCACAGCUGUCCACCUGGGGCCUAAGGGUUAUGCUGCAUUCCGGAGAUGUUCCAGUGGAGAAGGGGGUGAAACAGAGUCGGAGGGUCCUGCUUGCAGAGCCUCUUGUGAAGCUGAGGACAGCAUAUUGUCAAGGAACAAGGAGGAAAUCACAAGCUCAAAUGGUCAGCAUCUGCCUGAAUCUGAGCUACCAGCAAGAGCAACGGAGAGAAACUUAGAUUUACUCUCUAAGGACAGGUGAGGUUCAGAUUCAUUCCACAUAAUCUUAGAAGAUCAGCUUUGCAAUACAUCACAGAGUGCCCUCUGUCAAGGACUGAGGUGGGAUGCAGGUCAGCAACUAUAGAACAGUGCUAGGAAAAUGAAAGCAAUACAGUAAAUGGGUCUAGAAGGUGACCUGCUGGCAGUUCUUUCUUUGUUCUUUCACAUUUGGCUCUAGCAGAGGUAAAUUAUUCUUGUGAUUUAAGAAUGAAAACUGAGGGUUGGCACAACUGAAGGCUACAUUCCUGGGCAUUACAUACAUGGCAAUAAAUACCAUUGAAUUAAUCACAACUUGAAUUCAAUGGCUAGAAUUGGGCAUGCUUCUCCCAACUAUAGUUUCUGUGAAAUCUCAGUAAUCUUAAAUCCUACGAUGAUGUCAUGAGUGGUAGCAACUCUUGGGAUUUAUUUGUAGGUGAGCGGUUGAUCAGGCACAGGUAACUGAUUUUAAAAGAACUCUGAUGAUGCUUGGAGCAUUUCUACAUUGUGGGGGUUGGAUUAGAUGAUCCUUGGGGUUCCCCAUCUCCCGUUCGUUAUGUGAUACCUAGUGUCAGGCAGAAAACCCUUUUGUGACAAAAGUAGCGCACAAUUCUGUUGAGCAGGCUUUGGGGAAACUGGAUCUUCAGAUGUUGUUGGACUUGCAGCUCCAAUCAACAACUAGCUAACGUGGCUAAUGGUUGGAUAUUAUAGGAUUUGUAGCCCAGCAACAUCUGGAGGGCCACAGGUUUUCCAUCCUUGCCUUAGAAAUACAUUUUUUCCCAUCAGUAAUCAGGCUUGUUUCCUGAUGGUGAUGCAAUCUUUCUCUCAGCAGCUCCAGUCAACCUAGCAUGAGCUGUGAUGGAGGCCUACCUGGAUAUAGCAGUCUACUGUCUCCUCCUGGCGUGAGUUAUCUGCAGCACGGCAAUUCCUCCGCUGGGCUCUCUCCUUCCUGGCUCUCCUCUGUCUCAGGGGUAUCUGCCACCUCUCUCCUUCCGGGCUCCCUCUCUGUAGGGUGCGUGUCUCCUUUCUCUACUAAUGCUUCUCUUCAAGAAGAGAUUGGUAGCCCAAGCAAACAAUGCACUAUCUUGCACUGCUAUGGGGUUUCCCAGGCCAUAUUUGUUGCUUUUCAGUAACUGGGUAUGUCCUUGUCAAAAUCCCAUGGGCUGGCUUACGUAGGUGCCUGCAGUUUGAAAGAUUCAGCCCCUAACCUCAUGUGCAAGACAUGGUGACAUCGACUCUGAGGACAUCAUUUUUCUACCUUGCAUGGUACAGUUUUGAAAAAUCCAGAGCAUAAUCUUGGCAUUUGGUAUAGCACAUAGCGCUCCCACUAACAGUCCCAAUACUGCCUUAUGUUUUUAGAAGAGUUAGAAAAUAAAUGAGAAAAAUGGAUCUGUGACCCUUCAGCUCUUUAGAGAGCAAACUCUGGCCUAGGCUAGCUAGCCUGAGCCUAGCCCAGGCAAAGUGUGGAAACCUAAUGCAGAAUACCAGGCCCUUAGCUGGAGGGAAGGGAGCAGCUGUGACUCAGUGAAUACAAUUUGGUGACCUACAAGGUAUGUAUGAAGCAGAUCCCAGCAGCUGGGCCUGUGGCCAAAUAAUCUAGCAGUGAAAGCACUAUAACCUCUUGCUGCUUGUUCAGGGAUGGGUGAUGGUAAUGAUUAACUCCUUUUGCCUCUCCCAGAGGAGGAGGAGGAGGGGGGGGGGAAAGGAAGGUCAUCAGCCUAUUGUGUGAUCUACUUAGCUUAGUUCUUCACUUUUCUUAAGGCCUAGUUGGAGAGGAGGCAAGGUCCUGGGGUGGGGCAUACAGCCUUGUUACUGCAACACUUUGAACGAUUUCUUCAGCCUCUCUUUUCCCCUUCCUCCAUUCUUUGAAUUUCCUUUCCUUCUGGCUUCCUUCGGGCAGAAAUAUUGUUGGGGAGGGUCUCGUGGGGUCUUGUAGUGAAACCAGAACUUCCAAGACAUGAAGGACAAUCUCUAAGGUCUAGAAAAAGAGGGAAGAGGUUAGGACUGGAGGAGACAUCCUGUAUUCUUUGGGGCUGGAGGGGACAGAUUAGGAUGCUCGGGAAGGUUCCAGGGAGGGAGGAAUCAUAUUUUUAAAACCCAUUCUUCCCUUGUUUCUCUCCAGGUCUCUCUCCCCAAGACCUAUCAACUCCUCACGAAGCUUUCUUCUCGAGUCACUCCUGGGUCCCCUGAUGCCCCUGCUGAAUCAGCCCAGUCCCCAGAGAGCCCACAUUUUCCAGCAGAUGUCCCAAGUGCUGAAGCUCAGCUUCCCCCAGGCUCUCCUGAUGCACCUACUGAACCCCUCAGAUCUCCUGUUAAGGUCUCCCUUGGUCAUGCCCAGGCUCCAGGUUCCCCUGUUGCCCUAUCUGAUCCCUGCCCCCCAGGAUCCCCCAGUGGUUUCCUAGGACACUCCUUGUCUUCAGGUCUUGGGGACCUUUCUGCAAGAUGUGCUGGGCCAUCAGCCAGUUUGACUCAUCCUCCUGCUGAGCACAGCCUGGCACCCCCCUGUGGUCUCCAUGGAGUGUCGGAGUCCCCUGGCUCCCCAAGCACUCCUUCUGAGUACCUUGCUAGUUCUGAUAAACCUCCUGGCUCUCCCUCUCAUGCACAAGCCUCCCCCUUACUCUCCAGGGAUAAGGAUUCCCUCGACAAUCAAGCACCAACAUUACCAUUUGAGGGUAAAGACCCCCAAUUAUCUCAACUGGUUCUACGGCGUGCCUCAGAAGGGGUGUUGCAACCACGGGGUAAAAAAAUGGACAAGGAGGAGCUGGGAGGGUCUUUGGCUGUCUUGCCAAGAGGAGGGGACCCAGCUUUAGAGCAGGCUGCAGGGGGAGAGUCCAACUGGAGCUUGUCACAGUCCUUUGAAUGGUCAUUCCCUAACCGGGCUCUUGAGUUUGGUGGAAGGAGACGGGGGUCUCCUCCAAGGUCUCCCAUUGAGGAGGCUGAUGAUACUGGUCUCUUGGAGGCAGAAUUGGAUAGAGAGAGCCUCAGCCCCAAAGGCUCUUAUAAGGAAAGAGGUUCAGAGGGCCAGAGAGGAGAGGAGACUGAGGCUUAUGGGAGCUUGUUCUGCCACAGCAAUUCCAGGAGUUCCCCAGGGAUCAGGAGAAAGGCUGAGGACCAGCUGGAGUCCACUUCAGCCCUUGAGAUAUCAGCACCUGGAGGUCCCUCAACUCUGAGGGAGCCUAUUAGCCCCAAGCUCAAGGGCCCUAUAGCAGCAGCAGAGGUUGGUUGUCAAGAGAAGCAUGAUGGUUUCUUACCCUUUGUCCCAACCCCUGAGGAAGGGGCUUUAAGGGCAAUGGAGCCAUUGCCAAGUGUAGAGCAGGCUGCCCCUCCUGCAGAGCCUUGCAUCUUAUUCUCUGAAGAUGUCCAGGUGCGGACAGCUGCUUCCUGCCAAGAAGAUGAUGGUGCUGUAGGUCUGGCACGUGAAGGCAAGUUGGGGGUUGCUGACCCCGAAAGGAGGGCUGACCCUGAUCCAGGCUCACACUGGCUUGAUGAACUGCUGGCAUCUCCUCCACCUAGUGCUGAUGACAUAAAGAAGAGAAGUACGCCCAAGUCAGAAGACCCUACAGGACCGGAGGUAAAGGAACUGUAUUUAGUGCGGGGAUGGGUGGAUGGCUGAAGACCACAAAACGGGUUGCAAGGAGACAGUUCUACUGGCUUCCUAUUUCUAGUGCUUUUAGAACCUGGUAAGAAGGCAUUAAAUGGGCACAAGCAUGGCUAGGUGAAUGUGCAUUCCUGCCCAGUUAAAUAACAGAGACUGAACUUGUCUUUGGGAAGGGCGGGUCUGGUUUUUAAGUAAGCCGCAAAAGUGGCUGAACAGGUUAGAUGGCUGCAGAGCGUGCAAAAGAGGAGGCUGAGCCAAAAGGUGCUGCUGCGUGGGUAAUCCUCCAUUCAUCCUGGGUGGAGCAGCUUCCCUCACCUCCCUGAAUCCAGCCUGCCCCUACACAUCAAAGUUACUUUUGUCUGUUUGAUUGGCCCUCUUCGCCACCAAGAAAUUGUGCCUUGAGCUCCAGCAGACUCAGCCUAAGAAUGAAUUGGUGCUCCUUAGUUUGGUAAGGCUCCAUAGCUAUGUAACUACAAGGCACAUCACUUAAUGUACUGGGUUGUAUACCAAAACUAAUGUGCAUACCUUGGUAGGCUCACAUGAUCUAGCGAACAAGAAUUAACUGUUCAUUAGGUGGUUAUAAUAGGGGGUGCUUCUGAAAGCCCAAAAGUCUCACAGUCUGAUGAGGCUUGCAAGGGGUUUCUUUGCCAGUGAACAAUUCAGUACCAGUGGCUACUAGUUUAUUUUCCUGGCCAUAUAAGUACCUCUUUAAUCUUCCUUGCACUCUACCAAUAUGGAACUUGCCAAAAUUCCAAAUUAUUUUUGAAAACUAAUUUUUAACAGGCACGUUUCAAGCUAUCAUUUCCUUACAUAGAAAACACUUCUAUGUAGGAAAAUGAGCAAGCAUGAAAGACCAAAGAAAGAAUUGCCACCAGGUCCCCCUCCAUACACAUUUACGUAAAUAAUUGUUUCUAUGCUAAAUGCAUGUAACUUGCUGCAUCUACACAUGAGUGGAUGAUUACCAAGUGCAGGCUUAUCACUCUAUGUAUGGUCAUUUUUUUUUAUUGUAUAUAGCCAAAGGCCUUUAUAAUGGAUGACAGAGAAUAAAAGGAAAACUUUCCUCUAAAAUCAUACAUGUGGGUUUGAUAUAUUUUUCCAUUUGGAGGAACUUUCUAAAUAGAAAAUUGCAGUGUUAGGAACAUACGAAUCUGCCUUAGACUGAACCAAGACCAUUGAUCCCUCUAGUUCAUGUCUAGUUUAGACCCGGGACCCAUUUUUAGUUCAAACAUGCUUUUGGGCAUAAGCAUCUUAAUUUUUUACCACAUAUUUAUAAGGUUGUGAUGUAGUUGUUGUGCCCACCUUAAGUCAUGUUGAUCUGGUAUUAGAUCUGGCCCAUUUUUGAAGAUAUAAUGGUUUGCACUGACCAGCUGCUCUCCAAGGUUUUGGACAGGGAUCUUUACCAACCCAGUCUGUGGAUGGCAGGGAUUGAACCUGGCACUUUUACAUGCAAAACGUGCUGCUACUCAGUAAUGGCCCUUUCCUAAAUUGUGCAUGUUAAGUGAAAUAUAUUCAAACUGGUUUAAAAAAAAAUACAGGAAGGGUUUAGUGAAUUUACGUUUUCAGUUUCUGUCUCCUUAAUGUAUUUCUCAUAUUGGACUGUUGGGAGAAGGGACAUCUUUACUAGAUCAGAUCCCCACUAAAUUUGGCUCACUGUCCCAUGCCUUUCUAAUGUUGCUUUAUUUUCCUUGCCUUUCUUUGUUAGGAUCUUCUGGGAUGGUCAAGGAAGGAUCUUCACAGCGAGUUUGGCUUUGUAGAAGUUGAUCGGUCUGCUACCUUUGGCAUGGGUUGGGCUGCUGGUGUUGGCAAGGUAGUUUGGCCUGGUGAGACAGAGCAGGAUCGAGAAUUUGGCACUGGCCCACAGGAGUGGCUGAGCUCGUACAGUGAUGCCAAAAGGCAGGAUAUGGAAUUUGGUUCCAGCCAAAAAGUCUGGACCAGAGGAACACCAUUGCAGGACAGUUCUAAUCCAGGGCAAGAAGAUUGGAUCACUGCCUAUGGCAGCAGCUGUGGUGACCAGAAGAUUGAGGAGCCAGAUUGGAGCAGCACAUAUAGCAUCAGCACUGCUGAGUGUCAGGACCGAGAGCCAUACGUGAGAAAACCAGGCUGGCCCAGACUCUGCAGUAAUGAAGAUGAUCAGGAGAGCAGCAGGUCUGCUGCUGAGAAAAUGGGUUGGAGCAGCCCCUAUCAUGUUGGUGCUACUGAAAGAACUGACUGGCCGAAUAAAUACAGUGAAGAAAAGGAUAGCUGUCCAGAAUUGGAGGUUAACACAAAAUCAUCAGAUGCGUUUAGCAAAUAUGGUACUCACAGCCACCAGGAUGCAGAGCUCAGUGCCAGGCAUUUAGAGGGGCCCAGUGAUCACAGUGCUGUCAGUGUUGGCUCUCAGGAUGCCACAUCCAGUGCCAGCCAGUCAUGCUGGCCUAGUGAUUCCAAUGUUGACAGCAGGGCUAGCCCAGUGCAGUCAGAGUCCCAUGCCAACCAGGUGGAGCAACCUAGUAAAUAUAGUGCCAAUCAUCCAGAAUCCCAGGUUAGCAUCCAACAGCGACUACGACCCAAUACAUAUGGCUUUGAUGAUGGCAGCUGUCAGGAGUCUGAAGUGAGUGUCAAACAGUCUGAUUGGCCCAGCAGAUAUGUCAUGGGUAUUCCCCAAAGCCGUGAUGGUGUGUUCAGUGCUGAAAAACCAGAUGGAGCCAGUGAAAAUGAUGAUAAUCAAACACGCUGGGAAAGAGAACUCAGUAUUGCAAGCAGAAGCAGCACCACUGAAUUUGAGGCUGGUGAUGUGGAGUACUGUGCCCGGAAGCCAGUCUGGGCUGAUGAUUACAACCUUAGGGAAUCUGAUCUACAAGAUAGUGAUUUCCCCAUUGCCACAAGAGAAUGGGUCAGAGACACUGAUGUCUCGGCAACUAAACAAAAUAACCAGUUAGGUGCUGUAGGGAAGGACCGAGCUGGUAGUUUUGGUCCAAUAGAGUUACCAAGUCUAAGUGUGACCGUGGAUUUAGAGGAGACAGCUGGCAGCCUGGUAGGUCAGUCUAGAGACUUAAUAGCAGUUGCUAUGGAUGAGCCUAGAGGAGUUGGAGAGGGGCAGCCUGAGUGGACUCAAGAUCUUGGCCUCAGAGGCAUGGAUCUCUCAAAAGACUUGAAAGUUGGGAGCCCAGAUGCAUCUGAAAAACCUACAGAGAAGCAGCUUCAUUGGUUUCCUUCCUUGGGUCUGGAAACCUUGUCUGCUUCAUCAGAUGUAAGGACUGUGAAUCCAGAGGAGACCAGAGAACCUGGUGUGGGACAAGCAGAUUUGGCCUACAGAUCUGGCACUGAAAGCAUGGAAGUGUCUGAUUUGAGGCCCAAGGCUUUGGAUGGGGCUGAGGAAGUAGAUCUAAUACAGAUGGACUGGACUGGCGCAACUGGGAUAAAGCAUAAGGACAGCAGCUAUCAGUUUGGAGCGACACCUUUGGAUGGUGAUGAGAUGGAGCAUCCAAGAGCAGCUGGAGUCUCUGGAGAAAGGUAAAGGCUGUAUCCUAAUGUAUUAUAAAAAGGUUCAGAUGUUUACAUGCUUCAGUUCACUUGGCCUCCAACAGGUGAUGCUGUGCAGUGCGGUGCAGUGUGACAACAGACCUAUGAGAGCUAUCACAGUGGUAUUGGAGGAGGAGGAGGAGAUGAAGGCAGGUGGGUAGGUUGCCCAGGCGAUCCACAGAGGAAUUGCCAGGACAUCUUCCCAGCAGCUGUCCUGCUGCUGCUGCCGCCACAUCCAUUGCUAUUCACCUCACACCAGUGAUGCCAUUUCAGCCUCAGCAGUGUCAGACAACAAGGGAAGUGAAGCAGGUGACCUGCCCAAGUGAGUCAUAGAGGAACAGUCGGGACCCCUUGAGCAGCUCCCCAGCAUCUGUUGUGCUCUAUGCUUCCCCUCCUUCUUGCUUUGUACCACUGAGGCUUAUACCGCAUCAUUAAUGUGGGUCAGAAGGGGGGGGGGGGGUUUGGUGAGUGAAGCAAGUGAUGGCACAGCCCCAUGUCUCUUAAGAAAGUUAGAAUGGAAGUGGAAGGCUAAAUGAAUACAAGUGGACAAUGGAAUUGAAGUACUGAUUUUGUUUUUGUAUUCAUUUCCUUUUGUAAAUUCCUUUUGUAAAGUCAAAAGCACAGUUGCACACUUUUAAUCGGUUUGCAACCAUUCCCUUUCAUCCCUCCAUGUUACCCAUUGUUAGUACAGCCAGUACCACAUAUUACUUUGUGUCUAUAGUGCACAGCUGCUGAGGUAGGCCUUACAGCUACCUCUUGAAGCCAGAAACCUUUGUGGGAACCAGGAUAGGCAACUUCUACGGCGCUGCAAUGUAGAAACACUGCUCAGGCAAUGGAACUUCUUUCCCUCACUCCUUGUGUGGCCCCUAAAUCUACUAUGGGUUUCCCCCCAGUUCUCCAUAGCAGAUUUGGGGAUGGCAUGGGUCACAUUUGGUGGUGUGGGAGAGGGAAGAAGAGAGGGAGAAGGUUCCAUCCAACAAAUAAAAUCCUCGUGGUGAUGGAACUUUAGCUCAACAUAUUAGUUGAAUAUGGCCCUGAGGUUUAGAAGCAACAAUCAUAGUGUGUAACUCUUGUUUCUUUGGUGAGAAAAUCCAGUGAUGCUCCACUGCUACCCUCCAUCUGGUCAUGACAGCAACUGCACACCCAGUAGCCAUGAUGUGCACUGUUUUGUUUUCCUAACUGUGGAAACACGGUAGAGUACUGUGGCUGUUGCAGAAUGAAAUCAGGCAGGUGGGGGGGGGGGCUGCAGCAGGUUACCUGGAGGUAUAUUUUUACUCUCCUUAGCUGACCAGGCAAAUGCCUAAUGAUAGAGCUGCUGUUCUGCAAGAGCUGUCACCUUUGCUGUCGUAUGAUCAGUUCCACUGUCUUGUCUUGGGUUGGUGCCAUGUUCAGCAGGAAUGAGGAGAAGAGGACGGAUUCUUUUAUGAAUUGCUUCUAGUGUUUGGCUUUCAAUUAGCUGUCUUGCUUCAGCAACAUCCUGUACCAGCAGGUCCCAUGUCUUAUGCACAUAAUUAGCACUCUCAUUCAGUAUGCUCUGAAGUCACAACCUCUUUGUUAUGGGUGAAAAUGAGUGACAGUAUCUAUAAUUCUCUUUCCUAUAUUGUAUUCUGUAAACAUCUCUCUUCGUCAUCACUUGUUUCUCUUCAGCCUUGGAUUUGCUGACUAGUAUUUUUAAAAAAAUGUUUCACUUCCCUCUGUCCCCCCCAUGCCUCUUGCUGUGGUCCCUCAUUUACGCAGUUUUCUCCUGUGGCCCCCUUGGAAUAUCCUGGGCCCCAGCAUAUGGCCCCUGGUUGUGAAACACUGCUCUAGACUGGAGUAGGAGUGCUUUGUCAGGAUGUGAGGUGGCAUUGCUCCCUCCUUUGAACAUGUGCUUUUGAGCACCUCUUUUUUGGCAAUACAUUCUCCACAACUAGGUACUUGAGAGACCAGCAGAAAGUAUGGCUUAAGGAUUGUGCUGAUGUGGAAGUGGCACACUAUUUCAGAGGUAGGAACAGGUCCCAUAACUGAAGUAGGUCAGAAGGGGUUGGACCAGGCCCUUGUGGUCUCUUCCUGGAAUGAAGUGGUAGCUAUUCUCUCCCCCCCCCCCCAGCCCUCAAAUACAGGAUCCAUACCUGUAUUGCUUUCAUUGGGGAAAUAACAUUUUUGAUGACUGUCCAGCUUUUUUGAAAUGCAAAACAGAGUAGGAGUAGCAGACCGCACAAACCCCUGUCGCCUUUCUCCCAUUUUCCUAAAUGUGAAACAAUUUUAUUUUUAUACAGCUAAUGCUGUUGUCAUGUUUCUAUCACUUUCUGUGGGUUAUAACCAGCAUCUUUCUGUUCUAUCAUUUGAGGAACUCAUGUCACUGCUUGGAAUAAGACUUCCAGAUUGUGAGCUCUUUUAAAUGCGAAGUCAUCAAAUUGGAUUGUGAUUAUGGAAAGCAAAAGGGACAAGAAAGAUAGUUUGCAGUGCUGCACUUUUUAAGCUAACCAUGAAACAGGGGCAAACUAUUAUUUAUUAGUCACCAUUAUGCUGGAGCCCCAAGUGGCCAACAGUGAAAAUUAAAUAUAUUAAAUUUAAUCAAGUACAGCAGCAAAAAUGAACCAUAGCAAACGAACAGUCUAAAUGCUAAACUCCUCUUGAGCUUAAGCCUCAUUGUCAUCAAGUUUAUCAAAACAAAACAAAAUAAUGUUAAAAGCACUGAUUGGUAACAUAUGUUGAAAAUGUUGAAAGGCCUGGGGAAAGAACUGAAGUCUUCUCAUCGUGCCCUCCAUAUAUGUGUAGAAAUUGGGAAGAAUUGGGUCAGUUUUAAUCUCAAAUAACUGAUUGCCAUCAUCUCGUCCUUGUAACCUAAUGAAAAUGGAUAGUUAUAGAGACGGCCUUGGCAACUGUAGAGAGAAUUCAAGGAGAACAACAAGGUGUGACUUUCAAUGUCAUGCACACAGCCAUUUAAAAAGGUGCAGGUUUCACUCAAGGACUCUUCUUAGCUAAAUGAUGUGCCUUCUGAUUUGGCUAAAAUGGGGGAUGGAGAGAAUAGACGGUACAGCCAAGGUCACCCAGUGAACAUCGUGGCUGAGCAUGGAUAUUAAUUUGGGGCUCCCUAGUCCAAGCCUAGCAUGCUGCCUUUCUCUGAUGUGGAAUCCUUCUCAUGUGCAUGCCUAGUCAUACUCUUUGUUUUGAAGCUGCCUCUGCCUGUUUUGGUUGCUGCGUAACUUCCAAACAAAGGCUUUCUUGUAUAUUGGGUAAUUUUGUACACUUGACACCCUUAAGCCAUGCAUGGAGUGAUUGAAUCUCUCUGCUAAUCCCUGCAACUCAAAAUGAGAAACCAGGAAGUAUCACCAUCCAAACCAGUGUAAAUUGAAUGAAAAUUAAUUAAUGUGUCGUGUCUUGGGUACUCCCCUCUUCAUACUUACAUUCUUCAGGCCACAGAGGGAACAGAAUGCAGCGGUGCCUAGCAGCUCACUGAAGUUGAUUAAGGCUAUAAUCCUAUUGUCCAGUUUGCAUGUAGCAGCCAUGCUCUGAAAUGAACUAUAGCUUAUCUUAAACAAGCAGUAUACUUGUACAUGGUGGUCGGAUUGUGACCUCUGUGUUUGUCCUUUUUCAGAAGCAAAUCAUUGCUGGCUUAGCAUUGCAUGCAAACCGGCACUCAUGGUUUGUUUCCCACUAAACAAACCACAAGUGGCAAACCAAAGACAAACCUUGAUUUCUUACUCAUGGUUUGUUUGAAAACGCUCCAAAAACAUGGGGUCAUGGUAAACCAUAAUUUUAGGCUAUGGUUUACCAUUACAUGCUAACCAGGACUAUGUGUGUUAUGUGAGAGUAAGCCUCAUUGAACAGAAUGGGACUUAAUUCUCAGUAAGCAUGCAUAGGAUUGUUCUUUUAGAGUUGCCCUUAAGGGAAUGUAAAACCAGGGAGGUUGUCAAGCCAGGGUUUUUGCAGGCUGUGGGUUGUAAAUUGGGCAGACAUGUCAUAACAGCAGCCUUUGGCCUGAGGAAUCUGUAGUCUGUGGGGUAGCUGCAGUUACAUAUCCCACACUCCUCAUUACAGUCCAGCCUUUUGAAAUGGUCAUAUAGUAUAGCCUGUAUUUAUUUUGGCAGUCGGGAAAUGUGCAGGUUUAUCUUUCCUCCUGUCUUCUCUAAUGCAAACUGUUGCUGCCUUGGAUCACAUGAGCUUCCACCUGCGUUGUGAAGUGGAUAUCCCUACGAUGAUUGUACCAUGUGGCUUAAGCGUAGGGUCAUGAUUUGAGUUCUCUUUGAGGUAUUUGUACUCUUUGACCAUUGGCAAUUGUAGGUUUGAAUCCUCUGUUGUGGGUUUGUCCAUCUCUGAUGCCUCCUUAGGCCUGCAUAGGCCUGCAUCAUGUUUGUAAGGUAUUCAUUCUCCCUUUGGCUGUCGAGUCCUGACCUUCACAUACCAUCAUUUCUUUUGUACAGUGAGGAGAAAAACGGCUUUGGGAUGAUUAGGAGAUAUGGGGAUGCUUGGAGUUGGGGAGGGGGAAUUUUGCUAGGAUAGUGAGAGCCCUGUUGAUAAGAAUUAAGAAGAACCUUACCCUAACGUUCAUUAUCUGACAUCCAAGCAGAAAAUUCCGUAGUGAGCGACUCUCCAGCCCCAGCUGCCUGCAGGAAGACAUGGUUUCCAAUAGUGCUGUCAAAGAGGUGGCCCAGCAGAAGAGACCUGCCUCCUUCCACAGCUGCCAUUCAGAAGAAGAGAGGAUACUGCGCAGCCUGCGUAAUAACCAGGGGGCUCUUGCUGAAAGGGCUGAAGGACUGCCUUUCUCAGCAAAGGAGGAUGGAAAAGCUUUGUCUGCUGCAGAUGGUGGGGACAGCCAGUUAGACAGUGGAAAUGGGAGUCAGCUACCCGUGGACCUGAGAGUGUUGAAUCAUCCAGAGCAAAAUGGAAGUCAAGCUGCACAGCCCAUAUCACAGAAGGCUCCUGCUUCAGAGGGAGCUAUUGCUCCUGAAGGGGAGAACUUCAUCUUCUUAGAGGUAAGUAGUACUUAAGAUGUUUCUGAGGUACCUGCUUGACCCCUGAGCCUUCUCUGCACAGCAAUUCUAAGGUUUGAGGGGCUUUUACAUUACAUUUAAAUGCGUAGCUGAUAUAGAAACAUGGGUUCCUAAUGCUUUCUUUCAGGCAAAUGCUCCAUUUCAGACCUGCUUUACAAAGGGUUUUGUCAUCUUCUAUAAUUGCUUCUGGAUUGAGAGGGAUCGCUAAGUCAGUAGAGCGUGAGGCUGUUUAUCUCAGGGCCAUGGGUUUGAGCCCCACGUUGGGCAAAACAUGUUGCAUUGCAGGGGGUUGGACUAGAUGACCCUCCAAUGACAAUUCCAUGAUUCUGUGAUUCUAUGUAUAAAGAAUAUCUCAUAACCUUGCCUUUUUUGGCUGUAUUUUGGUGGCUGACUCCAGAUAAUAUUUCAGGCUUCACAAGUUGACUCAUGAGUCAUGAGUCCUCCAACAAACAGCUUAUGUCUUGCUGCUGAAGUAGAAAUAAGCUGGAAGACUAGAGAGUGAGAAGAGAAAUCUAAAUCCUUUUUCUAAUAUUGCCAUUUCAGUUGGGCAACCUUGAACCAAAGUUAUUUUUGUCCCUUGAUUUUCAUGCAAGCUGUAAAUCAUUUGUAGGAAAGGUUUCAGCCAACCACCCAUGCCAGUCUGCCCAGAAGCCUUCCCACACAGCCUGGUGAUGCCCUUGUGUUGUGCUACAUGGACAGAGCUAGUGUGUCCAGGCUUUUGGUAAGCAGCCUCAUCCCGCACUUUAGACUUGAGUGACAUCCCAGGACAAUGUAAGCAGCCUGAUGCAGUGCAAUCUGGUUGGAAAAAUUCAUAAGCUGUUCUCCCUGCCUUCCUCUACUCAUAGCUGUUAGUCGUUCACCUAAAAUUUAGAAGGUGAGCCAACCAUGGAAGAGUAUUUGGGUCAGGAAAUAGAAGAAAACUGACACAUAUUAACAGUUUUUAAUGAAAGAGGUAGUAAAGGUAAAGGUACCCCUGCCCGUACAGGCCAGUCUUGCCAGACUCUAGGGUUGUGCGCUCAUCUCACUCUAGAGGCCGGGAGCCAUCGCUGUCCGCAGACACUUCCGGGUCACGUGGCCAGCGUGACGAAGCUGCUCUGGCGAACCUGCACGGCACCAGAGCAGCACACGGAAACGCCGUUUACCUUCCCGCUAUAAAGCGGUACCUAUUUAUCUACUUGCACUUAAGGGUGCUUUCGAACUGCUAGGUGGGCAGGAGCUGGGACUGAACAACGGGAGCUCACCCCGCCGCGGGGAUUCGAACCGCCAACCAUGCGAUCGGCAAGUCCUAGGUGCUGAGGUUUUACCCAUAGCGCUACCCGUGUCCCUUUUAAUGAAAGAACAAGUUGUUAAUGGUUGAGCUCAGGCUUUGUGGGAAUAUGUGGAUGCUUUGCUAGCUGUGGUCCUGCAAGCUGUGCAUGUCGCUGGAAAGUGUAUGAAGUACUCUUCAGUUUCUGCUCCUUGGAGGAACUGAAGCUGAGAAGGAUCUAUGGGGACACUCUGGGUGUUGCUGUGCAUUCAUUGAGGGAGAAAUGUGUUUCUCUGAUCCCUUUGUUCUCCUCUUCUGUAUGCUUUUAGGAUACAGAGGUUCUUGACAACACUGUGUAUCGCGACCGUGUUAAUUUGGGCCGUAAGCGAGGUCAUCGUGCACCAGCCACCCGGUCUGGAGGGGCUCUUUCCGAGAACGACGGAGACAAUUGGAUGUUCAGAGAUUCCACAGGUAGCAUGGAGCGUUGCAUGCUGGGCCUGGCAUGUAGCCUUCAUUGGUGUAUUCCCAACACCUGUUACUGAAGCGAUUUUGGAUGUGUUAUCUCUUUGUGUCUUUCUUGGUUAUGUCAUUUUGUGCGUGGCUUAUUUUGUUAACUUACAUUCUUGCCUUUCUUCACAAAAAGCUCUAGGCAGCUUGCAUAUGAUUCCCAGGCAGCGUUCACUACAGAGGCACUGAUUAGGGUUAGGCCAUCUUAAGGUAGUUUGUAUUAUGCUACAAUCUAGAGCUUGCAGUCCAGAAUUUGACAGAGCGAAGAGGGGAUAACCAAAGCAGCAGUAUGUGGUUGCUUCAGUUACAUGUGCUUAGGCUUUGUUAAUAGGCUUAGCAGAUGUGCCACAUACAGCAUGACUUGGUGUGACAAAGGUUUCCAACAGGAGUGUCCUAGGUUGCCUGUCAUUGCUGCUUUCUAGGCACUGCACUUUAGAUUAUGUCAUUUUUUUCCUCCUGUUGGGGCAUGGAUUAAAAUGCGUCACAUGGUGUCAGCAUGGGUUCUUCUGCAUUAUGGUAUUGCCAUUUUCUUCCCUGUUUAGAGCCUCGAAUAGUUUCUGCGGUCUCUGAUGAAGAAGCCCCAGAGGAACCAAGGAGCAGGAAGUCACGAACAUCUCCACUGUCAAAGGGGGUAAAGGUCCCUCUCUUCCCAGGGCUGAACCCAUCGGCAUUGAAGGUAGUACCUGGAAAGGGGUUGGGGACAGGAUAAAGAAUGACACAAUGUUAACAAAUAUGGGUUGGCUCUUAGAAACUGAGUGGCCUUUGCUAUCAGAUAGUGGAAUGUUCUAUGUUAGAAUUCCAAGCUGAAAUCAAAGUACUGAAUGAAAGGAGGGGGGAGAAAAACUCAUGGAGAAUGAGACAGUCAAUGCUUCCAAGUCAUGGUGGAUAAACAUUACUUCCAUCGUGCCACUGAACAUCAUUUGCUGAGGAUCACCAAUGGUAGAAUGCUAUUGCACUCAUAGGCAUCUGGUUAGCUACUAUGACGAACCAGGAUGCUGGACUAAAUAGCUGAUAAACCUCUGGCCUAUAGGCGGCCAGGGGUUUCAGGGGUUCAGGAAGGGGUUUGCAUUGAAAUCCUACUAAAAUGGGGGGGGGGGGGGAAUUGUUUUAGCAGGAGUUUCAAUGUGAACCCAUAAGGAAGGGAAGUGUAUGCAUUGAAACCCCUGCUAAAAUGAAAGGACGAAAAACCUUUGCUUUAGCAGUAGGUUCAGUGCAAAUCUCCUGUUAUAAAAAGGUGUUGGCAUUGAAAGCCCUGCUAAAACAAAACGUUUUUCACUGUUUUAGUGAGGUGAUUGACAAAUGGGUGGCCUUGCAAGGCUUGUUUUGGCCCACAGGGUUAGUUGUGUCCAGUUUGGCUUGUAAGGCAAUCCUGGCCCAUGGAGCCAAAAACUUCCACACAGUUGAGAUAGGUCUUUGCUUUGUCAGAGGAGAUUACUAUCUAACCUCCAGCCCCUGAUGGUAAAGGAAGUGCAGGGGGCAGUUAUGAGAAAAAGCAGAAAAUUGCCAAUGAAAGAUCAGGGAGUAGGACAACUCUAAGCAAAUGUUAGGUGUUUUGCUAAAUGCCUGUUUUUGUAAAUCUGUUGUCCUCAAUCCUAGGCCAAGUUGCGAGGCCGAAACCGUUCUGCUGAGGAAGGGGAUCCACAAAGUGAGGCCAAGGAAACCCAUGUUCAGCGCUCUAAAUCGUGCAAGAUUGCCAACAUCACUGGGAAGCCUCUGGUGCUGCCACCCAAACCAGAGAAAUCCUCAGGGUAGGUGUGUGGUGGUGGAAAAUAACAUGUGUUGGUAUGUUGGUGGUGGUUAUCCUGCUUGCUGCAGAAUGCGAGUGUGCUGCAGCUCUUUCUGGCAACUAUAGCAGAAGAAAGGCAGCAGCCAACAAUACACAGGAAAUUAGGAUAAAAUCAUAUAUACUAUCAGUGUUCUCAAUUCUCCAAGUGCCAUUGCUUAUGUAGUCAGAACAUCACCACCCAUGCACAAGAGGCAGCACCCCAGGUUUGCAGAAGCACAAAAAAUCAUGAAGGAAGAAACCUUUUUGAGGGGAAUGCCUCCUUCCCCAAAAAACAUCCCAUUGAGAACUAAGUGUGCUUAAUGAGUACAGAAUGUUCCUUGACUAGGGAAAACCAGGGAUGGGGAAGAAUCCCAAAUGAAGGGCAUUUGUUCAAUCUUAUGGACUUUGCUGGCCUAUUGUUGGUCAGUUACAGGUGUCUGUAUACCAUGUGCCCCUCUAAGUCAUGGGUGGGCAAUUAUGGUCCUCUGUAUGUUACCAGACUGAAACUCCCAUUGUCCCUGACCACUGGUCAUGCUGGCUGGGGCUGAGGAGAGUUGCAGUCCAUCCACAUCUGGAAGACCACAAGUUCUACUCCCCUGCCCCACCUUCUCUGCUCUGAACAAUGCAUAGUCAUUCUUAGUUGGUGGAAUGUUUUGUCUUUUUAGUGCUGGCAUCGAAUGAGACUCUGGCAUGUAAACUAGUCAAGACCUCUUAGUGGUUGGCAUUCAGCUAGAGGGGAAGGGACAAAGGCAUUUUGGGUUAAGACUCUUACCUGCUGCAGACUCAUGGCCUUUCCCUCCUCUUCUCUCUCUCCCCACUGUUGCUUUUUGAACAUCCAGCCUGAUAAAGAGUUCUGGGCAACUUGAAAGCUUGUCUGCUGUUUUGUGACAUUUUUGGUUGGCCUAAUAAAAGUAUUGUCCUAAAACAGAUUUUGUAGUUCAGUUAUGUGUUCCCAGCAAAUGACCUCAUGGGAUUUUCUCAUUUUUAAAGUAAACUUUGCAGUUGUCUGCUCCCUCUUUGAGCAUUCAAAAACUAAUGUUACAAAAAGUUUGAAACUGGAUGUACUCUUACUUUUGGAAUUGCCUUCUCCCAUGAGAACCUGCGCAGGAAUGCUGUUCCGCUACAGAGGCCCUCUACUAUAUUCACUUGCUGUUAGAGAUACAACUAACGGGCUGAUCUGUGUGUGUGUGUGUGUGUGUGUGUGUGUGUGUGUGUGUGUGUGUGAGAGAGAGAGAGAGAGAGAGAGAGAGAGAGAGAGACAGAAAGAGCGAGAGAGAGAAAGCCUUCUCUGUUGUGGUGUCCACAUUAAGGAACAGCCUGCCUAGGGAGAUGCACUUGACUUCCUCAUUGCUUGCCCUUCAGCAAGCAGUGAAGAACAUCUUAUUCCAGCAGGUGCUCACUUAACCUGGCCUCUCUCCAUGAUGUUUUAAUUGUUGUUUUCAACUGUUGUCUUACUGGUUUGUAUUUAUGAUUUGUAUUUUAUGACUGUAGCCGUGGUCUUGUUGUAAGCUGCCUUAGUCCACUUCUGUGAGCAAAGGCAGGUAGAAGUAACUGAAAUAAAUAAGAAACAUAAUAAAUAUAUAAUUUUGGGGCAAACUUUGUUACUUAGUGUUGUGAUUUUGGGUUCUGCCAUCGGUCACAGUGCUACCUGCUCCUUCAGGCUUCCUGCCCACAACUCAUGAGACAUAUUAGAUUGGGGGGGGGAUUAGUGGUGCAGGGCUCUUAGAUCCUGUUCUCUGCACUCUGCCUCCUUGCCUGCGUAGUGUUGGAGGGGUUGGAAAAUUGUAUACAGUGGCAUGUCUGUGUGGCUGCAUGCUGAGCGUUGGUAUUCAAACUAUUUCUUAGCAUCCAAGUCCAUCAUUUUGCCUCUGGAAUGUGGGUAACCCAUUUUUUCCCCCUAUCGUAGUUCCACCUUUUGCUUUUAACCAUUUCCUGACUCCCCUAGGUCAGAAACAUCCUCACCCAAUUGGCUGCAAGUCCUGAAGUUGAAAAAGAAGAAGUCUUGAAAUAAAAACAUUCAGGCAAGUUUCUCUUCUCAGAUGCAGGGCUUAAGUCUAGCUUUCCAAAUGGGCAUCUGAUCCCUAAUAUUUGUGCAAGUGGGAUUAUCAUUGCUUUCCAAGUGCACUACAUUCAGCACAGCUGGCCAUUUUUGUUCUGCAGCUGCAAGAAAAGUUUGUUGGAAUUUUGGCAGUUUGUCAAGCAUGCUCACAGAAAAAUGUCUGUGGCUGUUGUACAUCAAGCAUUAAGACCUCUGAAUUGUUAUCUGAGAGAAGAGGAUGAGGCAUUUAGGCCUCCUGGAAGUUGAAGCACUCUUCAUAGUAGAUGUCAGUUGGACAGAGUUAUAAGAGUGGCCAUUAAAUCUCUUCCCUGCUAGUAUCCAUAUACCCCAAAUUCUCUUCCGUGAGCUCUCACUGAAGUCUUGUCCAGAUUGCACUCAGCAGCUUCAGGCUGCUUGUGUUAGCACAUAAGUGUGAUUUCAAAUACAAUGCUUUUCAGUACACAUUUAUUUUUGUUGUGUUUGUGUGGGUGGGGAUAGGGAGCUUGGGGGAAUCCUCCUGUCCUUUUUGACCUUUCCAUUUACCACUCUGGUAAUGUAUACUGGGUUAAUCCUGGUACUAUAAGGACAAAGCUAUAGUUAGUAGAACUGCAUGAGCCCAGAAGGCUGCACUAGUGGAUUACCUGUGCUUGCAUUGUGGUAAUUGGCACUCUGGAAUCCUACAUAUGUGAAUUAUCAUGCAUGUUCAUGAUAAUCAUGCUCUUGCCUAGCUGUUUGUAAUCCCAAAGCCAGCUGCAGUAAAGGAGCCUAAAACAUUUGCCGUCUGUCAGAGGUCCAUUGCAGUUAAUGUAAAGUGACAUGACCAUCACAGAAUGAUUCAUGUGCUUUGAUUCCUGUGUAAAUGGUAUGUGCAUAUUGUAGGUGAGGAAACUAGCUGCCAGGCUGAAGAAGUGUGACUGGUAUAGAGCAAUUCCCAAUGAGUGCUGCACUAGUUGACCUGGGAAUUGUUGCAAAAACAACAGUCUUCCGUCACCUUCAAGACUUACAUGUUUAUCAAGGCACAAACAUUUGUAGACUAGACUCCAUUUCGUCAGAUGCAUGACAUAUUGUCCUGAGUAGGUGCAUGCACGCAAUAUAUGCACAUGUGUGCUUUUGGGCUGUGUGGGUGUAUGAGGAUAGAAGCAAAUGAAAUGCAAAAAGUACAGGUCGUGUCAUAGCACAGAAUGAAUGCUAGUCUACAAAAGUUUAGGUCAUAAUACAUUUGUUACUCUUUGGGCUGUCUUUGCUGCACCAGACUACCAUUAUUCCAGGGACUAGAGUAGCAUUCUAGCAGCUGGAACCGCAGGUGGUGGGAAACAUCCUGUGUCUGCAACUUGCAGGUUAUUCUAGGAACUUUUUGCCACCUAGUGGGCAAUGCCGCACAUGACUUUCCAUUUAUUUUGGUUGGGGAAAUGGAAGAUUGGUUCCUUGGGAAUUCUAACUGAAAGAGAACUGAAGAGGGAAUUUGGCAUACUAAAUAACACUGCAGUUACAAAAGGUCACCUUGAUUUGAACGUGCUGCUCCAAAGGGUGUGUAGGCUUGUGUGGGAGACUAAGCCUUUAACAUGUUUUGCCCAUGAGCCAAAGUUGGGCGGUGAUGCAUAAAUCUGUAGGUGGGAUUCCUGCACUAUAGCAAAUAAGCCUGCCAAGCUUUGUAAUUCCUGUCAUAUUCUUUUUGUUGCAGGUGUUGCUCUCCUGCUACUGGGGCCCUGACAGCUGAAGUUCCAGUGAGCUGUUCACGGGUGGGAGGCAGCAUGUUGGGUCUGGAGCCAGAAUCCCCACCUAACAACUUAGAGGGAUUGGGGUGGGGUGGGGGGAGGUGGGAGGUGGGGAGGGGAGAGGGAGGACGAGGCACAUUUAUGCACUUUGUAUCACAUUCAGUCACUCAUGCAUAUGGCGGUCAGAUGCUCUCUGCCGCUGUCCUGGCUGUUUUCUCCUUUUUUCCCUCCUUCUUAUACCACAUACAUUUUUAUAAAGUAUCUUUAUUCUUUUUUUGUAACCAGUCAAGGAGCUUUGUGCUGGCCCCCUUUUCUUUCACCCCAAGGUAGGGAGGGAAGACAAAGAGGUGAGGCUUCUGCUUUCUCGGCUGCCAUAUAAUGCAUUUCAGACAAAAGAAGAAUGGAUUUCUCCCCCUUUGGCCACUUGAAACAAAUAAAGGUUUUAUGGUUAAGGAGGCACUGUGGUUCCCGCGUGCUUGUGUGUGAUCCUCUGAGCUGUAUCCUGAGCCAGCCUUGUUACUUGGCAAGCUAUUCUUUGAGAGGGGCAGACAAGCAGGGGUUAUAAUAAAAUGCUGGUGGUGAAAUAAUGUUUUGCUUUUUAGUGGAUAAAAACAGGGCGCUUGUUCAAUAUAGUUUUACCUUUUUUUAAAAUUGAUUUUCAGUUUUUACUACUCAUUGGCUUAGUCCUGUUGGGAAUUGUAGGAUGAGUGUAAAUAUUAGAAUAUGAAACUUGGUUCAUUAGCUAGUUUCAAUAUGAAUCAAUGUGGAGAAUUUUAGUUCUGGGGAGAAACCCAACCAUACCUCUUGGUGGGUAUCUUAAGGCUGAAGAUGUGCACGAAAAGAUUCUGAGCUCUCAAAGUACAUUCACCAGUCUUCUUGUCCUGUCCUAUGUACGAGUAGUGAGCUCAUUCUUGGUGUAUUGAUCAUUGUGUAUCUAAACUACACCACACAUAUACGGGAACCACAAGCACAAAAAACCCUUAGAAAAAAACUCAGAGUGCAAGUCCCAAAAUAGUCCAGUUAGAACUGAGCAUCUUCAGUGUGCUCAGGAUGCUGGUUAGUGGGUGGGUGUGGGGAGGAAAACCAGAAAGGGAGAUGGAAUGGAGUACAUUUUAAGAGGGCAACGCAGGCUGAGCUGGACCCCUGAGCAGGAGCACUCCAUCCACAAUGCAACUUUUUUGUUGCAAGUCCUACUUGUACAUACGUAAUCCUCUCCAGGACUGAGGUAGCAAAUAAACUCUUGGAGUGCUUAGAUGUACAAGUGACGGUUUUAAAAAUAUAUUUUUUUUAAAAAGUCAGAUAGCUUACAUUACCCACGGCAGGAGGGGCAAGAUCUGUGGCUGAUUCAGUCAUGUAAUCCCUAGUAAGUAUGUGUGCUGAUGGCACUGUAGGGGGAGAUGAAUCCAGGUUUGCUCUGCAGGGGGAAAAGCUUACACCAGAUCUUCCCAACUCCCUCUUUUAUAUACAUCAGCACACAUCCUCACUCCUCUUUAACUGGCUUUCUCUUGUACCUCCCCAAAGAGCAGUUGGGGUGGAGGGAAUCUCCAACCUGUGAGUAGGCCUGUGAGGUUGUUUUAGGUAAUCCUCUCCCACCUGUCCAACUCCUGACACCAUUGUUCCUUUGCAGCCACAGCUUGAAUUCAACACCAUCUCAAUUAGGUGUCUUUCACCUGUUUUGCUACUUAUGGUAGAGGUUGAAAGCACUUGCUCACUGCAGCUAUAUCAGAGCCAUGAUGAAAGUAGCGCUAUGGGGAAAUAUGCCGUGUUCAGACAUCACCAAAUUCAAGCCACAGCUGCAAAGGCACAAUUGAGAACUCGCUCGAAGGCUUACAGUAUUCUCCUAAUUGUUCUUUUGCAGGCGUGGCUUUACCUUUCCUCUGCCUGAUGUCUGGUGAUGGGCAGGUGGGUGUGGCUUGCCCACUUCCACCUUUGGAACAACAAAUUUGACCCUUGAGCCAAAAGUGGUUCCCCAGCCCUGAUUCAGAACAGGUAUAAGUCAGGUCACAGUCACGAUACAGCAUGGGGUAUUUAAUGCAGUUAAUUUCAUUAGGAAGUACAACAACCCCAUUUUACACCUGGCACUGUCACACAGAGACUUUUCACAUGUUGCCUGUGCCAGAAGUGGAUUGGCCACUCUCCACUUUCAUAGUAGCCUCAGUUAUGCAAGACAAGUAUUUCUCAAUCUUAAAUGAGUCUGGGGUUCCUUUUGGACACAUACUAGCUGGCCUUAACAUGUAGUUGUGCAAACAUCCUCCUCUUCCUCCUAGAUGACAGCUAUGCAGGUGUGCAUACAGCCAGUCUUCAAAUUUAAAUUGGUACCCCCCUUCUCAGAACUCUUGUGUGUCCCCCCCCCCCCGUGGGAUCUGCAAGCAACGAGGUGAGAAUGACAGAAGCCAUUCUUGAAGCAGGGGUCCUAUAGUUUUCUUCUGGUCUGGCUGUUGCACCAUUGCUCACUAUGGCCUGCAAAUCAACCAGCUUUACUAGUGGAACAGAGUAUUGAACUUGAGCCCACAGUAGAUGAGCAGCUUAGCUACAAUAUUUUCUGAAAAGAGGAUUUAUUCAUUCUUGGACACAGGUUUACCAGGGAGGCACACUUUUGAUUUUAUACACCUCGAUUUAACUACAGCACAGUCUCGAAGUGCCUUUAACUUGAUCCCAUUUUCAAAUGUUAUAGUGUAAUUAUUAUUAUUUUGUUUUUCAAACAUGCCAUUUCACAUGCGGGAUUUGCCUAAAACUAUUGUGCCUUGCACCCACCAGAGGGCACUGUGGCACCUUGUAAACUGGCAGCAGACAUGUCUUGUUGCUUUGUGCAUUCAGUUGCUACAGAUGGACAGGAGAAGCGAAGGCAGUAAGAAACAGCAAGAGAGUAAUAGCAGUUCUGCCACAGAUGGACAAAUAUAAUCUCACCACAUGCAUCCUGAACUGGGUUAAAAUUGAGUGUGGCUACCAACAUAAUUCCAUCUGUAUGCAGAGUGGUCAAGCUCUAUCCAUGUGCACACUUGAAUAUGGUCAAAACACGAUAACUUGCAUUGGAAACCAAAGUGGAAAAAGAAGAAUUACAGUACUGAAGUGCCAGUAAGGAAAACAGUAAGAUUGGGUUCUCUUGGCCUCUACAAGAUUUAUGGCUGAAGAGAAUGAGAUGUUUGGUCACUUCGAAAUCUACAUCAUUUUUAUUGAAGCAUUUGGGGGGAAAGCACAAGCGAUGUUUGCAAAAAUUCAAAUUUAUAUAAGUUUCCAGUAUUCUUGCUUAUGGAUAUGGUUAGUUGCAAGGGUUUCAGAAAAACGAGAGUGUUAAGUCUUAAAUUGCCGUAUUUUUAAAUGAAUGUUAUUGCCUUAAUAAAGCUUGAAAAAUAUUUUAAAUACUUCACUUUCUUCCCCCUUGCCAUCUUUUGAACAGACCUGGGUAAGCAUGAAAAUGCCUGAGAAUGUUCCCCUGCUUUCCCCAUCACUAGAGAUGUUGCAGAUGCUCCUAAAUCUUUCAGCUUGCACAAACAUUCCACAUUUUCAGUAUUUGUUCUAUGUAAAGUAUGUGUUAUGUGUUUGGCAGGGAGUGGGGGGUGAAGAGGAGAGAGACGUGAUGUGAUGUCAUGGUGUUUGUCUCAUUUCAGUGUGGAUUUGUGACUUGGAUGCUGCCAAGCCCACUGUUGCUUUGCAAUUGUCACACUACUCACCCACUCUUUACAGGGUAUUUAUACAAUGCCAUUAAAUCAUAGUCCUGUGUUCCCUCCUCUCCAUGUUCUCCCCUCCCCCUGCCCAACAGCAGAAAAUCUGGCUUUUUUGUUGAAAGAAUGGAACAAAACUGUGUUAAGAGCUCAAUUUUUAUACGUGCAGUGUCAUAUGAAAUGUGCAAGCUCAAGACCACACAUAUAUAUCCCCACACAUUGUCACUAUUAUGUUUCUGGUCAGCACUGUGUUAGCUGCAUUUCUAAAACUCUUUUUUUGGCUAUUAUAUUUAAUUACUGAAAUAUUUGCAGAAGAGCGCUUAAACGGAAAACUAUGUCUGUGCUAAUAAAAACAAACAAUUAAAAAACCAAGUUUCCAAUC